AUGCGUGGUGCCGAGACUGGUAACGCCCAUGGGUCGGACCAUGUCCUCGUCCGUACACGCCUGAAAGUUCAUCUCUCAUCCGCACCAAAAAUGCCACGUCCUAGACGCCUCAAUGCCGCAAAACUCCGACAAGCCAACACCGCUGAGGCCCUAAGCAGAGAAAUCCGGACCUGUUUUACGACCCGAGCCGACGGAGAAGUCAGUAACCAGUGGUCGUCACUGAAGACAUCAGUCUAUGGGGCAGCUGAGAAAACCCUUGGAUACACCCAGCGACGCCGCAGUGACUGGAUCAGCGGAAGAACCCUGAAGUUGUCUGCUCAGACGGCUAGAGCCAGGUCCCGCAACGAUGACUAUUUCCGCCAACUUCGGAAGAUGACGGCAAAAUCGGCCAGGAAUGACCGGAAGCAGUAUUGGGCUGAAAUAGCGACAUCCAUGGAACAGGCCCCGAACGUUGGUGACACUCGAAAGCUCUACCGUCUGAUCCGCCAAGUUAGCGGUAAGCCCUCUACAUUGACUCUGUUCGCGAUGUGAACGGCGGCUUUAUUGCUGACAACUCGCCCAAAGUCGAGCGCUGGCGUGAGCACUUCGAGCACCAUCUCAACUUCGAUACCCGACCUACCUCGCCCUUGCUCUCCUCCUCAGCGGAGUUUCUUCCCUCUCCUACCUACGCAGUGCAAUGCGAUCCCCCCUCCGAGGAAGAAGUCGCCGAUGACAUACGAAAGUUGCGCAACAAUAAGGCACCCGGAGAGGACGGUAUACCCGCUGAAAUCUUCAAGUCUUGUGUCGACACUCCGGCGCCCUGGCUCCAUGAGGUGAUGGAACGAGCGUGGAGAGACGAGGUUGUUCCUGAUGACUGGGGCUUAGGCAUCCUUGUACCUAUCCUCAAAAAGGGAGAUAAGACGAGAUGCGAGAACUACCGCGGCAUAAGUCUCAUCGACGUUGCUGCGAAGAUCUUCGCUAUUGUCCUACUCAAUCGAUUCCAGGCUGUGCGUGACUCAAGGACGAGGCCAAACCAAGCCGGAUUUCGUGCUGGACGUGGAUGCGCAGAUCAGAUAUUCACACUGAGGCGCAUUCUCGAAUUUCGCCAUAGCUACCAACAACCGACGGCCGUCUGCUUCGUUGACUUUGCCGCCGCGUUCGAUUUCGUUCACCGUGAGUCCCUGUGGCGGAUAAUGGCGCUAGACGGUGUACCGGCAAAAAUCAUCGCCAUGAUCAAGGCCUACUAUCGCUCCACUACUGCGAGAGUCUUGGUCCGUAACAAUCUUUCCCAACCGCUCGGUAUUCGGUCUGGCGUUCGACAGGGUUGUAUCCUGUCACCCAUACUGUUCAACUACGCCAUUGACUGGAUCCUCGGGAGGGCCCUACGCGACAGUGACGGCGUUGAAUUUGCACCCGGACAUCGACUGACUGAUCUCGACUAUGCCGAUGAUAUCGCCUUACUUGCUUCAAGUUUUGGUGAUCUGCAGUCUAUGGUGUCACGGGUGAACGAGGUCGCUAAAUCAGUCGGUUUGUCCAUAAACGCUGGGAAGACCAAAGUAUUCUCAAGCUGCAUCCCUGACCAGGAGAAGGCACCUCUGGGGAUUGAUGGUUGUCAACUUGAAAAAGUGGACAGCUUUAAAUACCUCGGGGCGAGGCUGCUGCCUAAUGGACAGAGUAAGGACGACAGUGUCUCCCGAAUCGAUGCUGCCCGCUGGGUUUUUUCAAGCCUUCGGAAAUGUCUGUGGAACCGACGUGACCUCUCCAUCGCCAUUAAGAUUCGCGUGUAG